AUGCCGGAGACCAUGGCAGAGCUAUGGCAGAGGCGCGAGUAUUAUCGGCGGCCCAGAUACCUCAAGCGCUGUAUGGAGGAAAACCCGACGGCAUUUCUGACUGCCACGAUGAUCGGUUCCUUGGCCCUGGUGGUCACAAUGAUCGUCUGCAUUCGUCACUCACGUGCGCUGGAUGCCAGGCCGUUUUGCUUGCUUCGGACCUCGUACCAUGGGAUGCUAGCCUUCCCCACCGUCUGGGCCUUCUUCUGCUGGCUGACGCUCUUCACCCCGCUGUCAACGCCCAUUGCCGAACUGUUCAUGGGCCAAGGUGAGGCCUUUGCUAUCUAUUCUUUCAUCGGGAUUCUCUUCAUGCUGGUAUCUGUGGAGGCCAUGAAGCAAGGAGAAGGCGCAGAGAUUGACGAAGCUUCGUCACGGACGUCCCAGGUUUCUCUGCGCCAGAGCAUCAUCCAGAUCCUGCAGAAGUUUGGGCCGCAGAAAUACUUCGCCGUGCCUCCCUUCGGAUGUUGCUUCAGGCUCUGUGUUCAACCACACCAUAUCACAGCAAAGCAAUUGCUCUGGGUCUCCAGACUCGUGAGGCAAUAUGUGGUCAUGCAGGUUUUCGUGAAUGCCUACUUCAUGUGGGCUCGAUUCACAUUGGAUCCAUACUGGGAGGUUGAUGCUGUGGCGGAUCCCCUCUUGAAAGUUUCAGGCAUGGUCGCCAUGUACGGCCUCUUUGUGAUGUAUGCGGCUACGCACGAGUUGCUGCAUCGCUGGAACACCACCAAGAAAUUCAUUUCCGUCAAGGCCAUGGUCGCUCUGAGCAUUCUGCAACAAAAGCUGCUUGGGCUCCUGGUGCCACUGCUGGCAGAGGAGAAGAACUGUUGGGUGGAUCCAGAGCACCCUGACGAGACGGAGCGCCUCGUGCAUUUCUGGGUCACUUUCGCCACCUUGCUGGAGACAGUUGUAAUGUCGUGGCUUAUUGUCUCGGCUUUCCCUGCUUCAGAGGUGGCUGACUAUCCCAUUAAGCAUCUGGACCUGCUGGAGCUCGAGCUGCGGCAGAUCCAUGUCAAUGCCGAACCGGCAACUGCCGGCAUGAGCGCUGAAGCAUGUGCGGCAUGUUGUGAUACGGACUGGUGCGCCUGCGACCAUCGGGUGUGCAACUGUCAGGCUCACUUCCGCCAGCGAGGCAUUGCCGUUCCCAAAGAUGCAGCUGAGGCGUUCGAAGCUGCGCAGGCAUCCCGCAUCGCUGCAGGUGGCGCAGCCGGGGAGGAGGAGCUCGGUGACGCCUGGCGCGCUGAGCUGAAUUGGCGGACAGCGGAGCUACCGCGCUGGCGGCCUGCCCUGGAGGAGGACCUCGAGGUGCGAAACUCCACGCUGCCCGGCGCCGGCCGAGGCCUCUUUGCAGCCAGGGCCCUCCCGAAGGGGACCGUCCUGCCGCCCUACGGCGGGCAGCAGCUCACCUACCGCGAGGUAGGCCUCCGGGAGUUCAGCGAGGGCAUGACCUACACAUGGUGCCCACUCCGGAAUGGAGCUGCGAUGCUGGAAAUGACUCCACAAGAGCUUAUCGAGGGCCCCAAAGCUCAACAACUGGCCUACUGCGUGGACAGCCGAAUAGCUUCGGAGGGCAAUCCCGCGCGCUUCGUGAAUGGAGCUUCAAGCUCGGAUCAGUGUGCCUUGGUAAACGUGGCUCGUUUGGCAAGUGAAAAUGUGCGAGCUGGGGCAGGUACUUCCGCACGACCCGGCCCGUCCCUGCAGGAAAGCAGUUCGGGUGCGAGUGCCCUGCGCUUUGCAGAGGGCUAUCCCGAGGUGUCGAGGUUCCUUCGCUUGCAUCUACCGGAUCUGCCUUGCGCGGCGCCUGCGAACAACACGGAUAUGCUGCCCACUCCACCCCAGGCAUCGCCUGUGCCGGAGGACAGCGCUCCCGCUGCCAGCGAGUUUCCACCCUGGCUUCAAGGCGCGGAGGACAGGCCGUCGGAAUCUCCCUCGCCACCUUCGCGACAACGUCAUUGCAGACCUGCUCCGGCAUUGUCGCUCCGAGAGGCUGCCGCAAUGCACAGUCCCAAGGCCGUGUCUACGGCACUGGCCAAGCUCUUACCCGGAGGAGGGGAAGGCCUUCUGAACCAGACCGAUGCAGAUGGCUACACUGCGCUCCACUUGUGCUUGCUCUCGCCGCCGUUGUCACAGGAGCGUCUGGCCUGCGAGGCACAGGAGGAGACGGUCCGGCUGUUGCUCGCAGCCCGGGCAUCUCCGAAUUGUCCUGGACAGCAAGGUGAGCUCCCUUUGCAACUGGCUGCUACCCUGGCGUUCAACUGCAAGCAGAUUCUUCGGCUCCUGCUGCAGGCGAAAGCCACCGUGGACGGAGAUGCGACUGACGAGGAUGCGAUCCUCAGGCGCUUGCGCGCGCCCAAAACCAGGACGAAGCCGGCUUCCGCAAGGUCUGAGCUCAAAGAUGCGGACGUGCUGCUGCGUGCAGCAGAGGCGCAUGAUGCCGCACGAGUCGUCGAGCUUCUGGAGUCAGCUAGGGAUGCAACCCUCGCCGACCUGGAGGAUGCAGAUGGACACCGCCCGCUGCACCGAUGUCUCCUUGCCCCUCCCUGCGAGGGCCGAUGGUCGGCACUUUCCCAGACGAUGAAAGCCCUGCUGGCCGCUCGCGCCUCACCGAACGCAGCGAGUCGCGAUGCCGAGUCCCCGCUGCUGCUGGCAGUCAGAAGUCUCGGCGGCGCAACCGGAGACGAAGGUCACAGAUUGCAGAUACUUCGUCAACUUCUGAAGGCGAGUGCAGACAGCAAUCAGGGCGACCACCAGGACACGACCCCUCUCAUGGAGGCUGUCCGAGUCGGUGACGCCGAGGUUUGCCAGCUACUUCUGGACCGGGGCUGUGCCGCAGAUCGCUGUGGUGGUGCACGCGGUCUGUCAGCGAUCGACGCGGCCUGGCUGCCCGGGUCCGCACCGGCCGUGCGUGCAGUGUUCGAAGCGCAGGGCUUGAAACCUGGCGGGAGUCGCGAGGCACAAGAAACCAACCUCGACGAAGCCCAAAGCAAGGUGACCCUGCGCCACGUGACUACGCUUCUGGAGCGGACUGUUUGCGUGCCCGUGAAUGCCUGCAUCCGGGAUGUGAAGAAACUCAUCGUCCGCCUCACGAAUCGAGGCUCCUGGCGUCGUGUCGCCCUGCUGUCUGAGUGCGGCAGAGCGCUCUGCGACAGCGACGGCUUGGGGGGAAGAGUACUGCUGCUGGUCGCCGACGCCCGGUCCGUGGAGGCGCAGAAGGCGGCGGAGGAGCUCCUGCCAGAAGAGGAGCGUUGGCCAAAGUGGAGCCAAGAGGAUCUCAGCCUCGAGGCAGCACGACGCGGUAUCGACCUACAGCCGUGCGGAGAGGCGCCGACGCGCGAGAGCCUCCUGGCCUGCCUCUUGCAGGUGAAGAAGUGGGAGUCGCAGCCUUCAGCCGAGCUGCGGGCCGAGGCACUACGUCGCGGGCUUCCCGGCGAGUCAUCGCCGGAUCGCGGGGAGCUUUUGGAGCUGCUCCUGCAAGACCUCUGUUGGGAGCACAUGGGCCAGGAAGCGCUCGCAGAGGAGUGCAGGGCUCAGGGCAUCGCUCAGCCGGAGGCACAGGAAACAACUUUGCUGCUUCGUGCAAUGCGCAGCCGGUUGCGCCAGGCCCUGCGCUGGUCGACGCUGGACAUGGAGAAGUUGCGAGAGGCUUGCGAAAUGCGGCACAUGCCUACUGAAGGCUGCACGCGCUCGCAGCUCUUGGACGCCUUGAAGACCUUCAAG